AUGGCUGUGAAUAUGAACUUCAUCCCGUACUCUCCGCUUCCGCCCAAGCCUCCCAUGCCCCAUCCCACCAAGCACCACACCCCUGAACACCGUCUUCCCCAGCCAGUCCCUUUGCCGUCUGCACAAUUUAUCCCUGAACCACCGCUUACACACUCUCUACCCUUCCCUCCUCCCUGCCCUCCUCUUCCCUUCUGUAGAGAUGCCCGCAAGGGCCCCGACAGCCAGAUCGGGGGUCGAGAUUCGAGCGCUCUACUGAACGAGUUCGACGCUGAAUUGGAGCGCUGGGAGGUCGUGGAGGUGGUCGACAUGAGCAGUCCCAAUUCCACCGACCAGGGAGCCGUUGAGCCUUCUAGCCCACGUACCAGCGGGUUCCAAGGUAGGCGCCCCUUCGCGAGGGAGGAUCUUAUGGGCAAUCGGCAGAUUGAAGCUGCAACUUUUUCUCCAAGCUCAACUGCUCCAGGCCCCAAGCCCUGCAGGGACGCCUCAAGCGGGAAAACCCCCCAGAAGGCCGGCCGAUCGUCAUCUCAGGAAAUUGUCUCUCCCCUCCCUGAUAGCAAUACCAUGCUGGACGAGUCCGAAGCGAAAGCCUCGUGCCAACCGCCUGGCUUGGUGGAUUCCCCCGACCAACUUCCGUACAGUUCAGCAAAGCUACCAGUCCCAGAAGGCAGCCAAGAACAUCCAAUCCUUAUUGACUUGAAGAGCGGUGAAAAGGAUUCUCCGAACAGUAUCAAAUCCAAGAUUAUUGGUCCUGCUGUGCGCACCAGUGCCACAGACCGAGGGAUCGCGGAUAGCACAUCUUCCAGCACAGAUGCCGAAUCGGACCCUGGGACUCCCGGCAAUCCUGGAAAGUGCGAUGGGGGAGAGCACCGACCGAUGAGGCGGCGAGGCGUGCGGCACAUGGGUGUUCGAGUCGAGAUUCCUUCCACACCAGACGCUCUCCAGGAGACAGAGAGGCGAGGCGAUAGGACCGAUCCCAGCGACGACAGUGACAACAAUAACUCCAGCGACUGCAGCGAAGACGACGAUGAUGAUGACCAUGUUGUCACUAGGCGGUCGCGGAAGCGGCGGAAACUCUCGGCGCGGUCCUCCGUGUCCACUGUCUCUUCCACAGCAUGCGCAGACGAUCCUUCCCUGACUGCUUUACCAAACGAUAAGAAGUCACGGAGUCCGGCGAAGAAGUACUAUAAAAAUCCGGCCAGUGAUUCCUCCCGUGUGCCCGGUGUCCCACAAGAUGAUACGGUGACGAAACACUCGGGCGAUGACAUACCAGUUUCCGGGUUUCUUUCGAGCCACCUGAGCGGGUCCAAAGUGUGCUAUACUAUAACAUUCUAUCACCAGGACGCUGGUCGGCCCUUAUCAGUGAAGGCAAACGGUCUGUCGCGUCCCAGUCGCAAAAAGCAGCAGCCCGUCGCAACCGGUAUGCGUGUGCCGUUUGCCUCAGAGGACGACGCGCUGCUGAAGGAACUCAAGGAGGAGGGCAAGCCAUGGGAUGAGAUCGCCAAGCGCUUCCCGGGCAGAUCUAAGGCGACUCUGCAGGUGCGGUACUCCACCAAGCUGAAGGACCGCGCCCCGUCGAGGCGGAAGUCGAAGCCUAGAAAACAUGGAUGCCGUUGA